AUGCCCAACCAACUGAGCCACACCAGCCAUUUCCUGGCCCAUUUGCCAAAGAAGGAACUUGGAGAGGUGAUGCACGCACAGAAGUCCCUCAGGAAGUUCCCAUUCUGGCGCUCCGCCCCCAACUCGGUAUUGGCAGACACUGACUUGCUCCCGGAAGCAAGAGCGGGCAGCAAGCGAGUGGGCAAUGAAGCCUUGCGCAGCUGCCCGUGGUUGAGUCUGGCAUGGCCGCUGCAGGCACGAGCUCCCGGCGCUGCGGGGACGCCAAGCGGUAUGAGGAGGCUACGCAGCUACAAACACCUGGAGAGCAACGAGUGCUGGCGGCGGUCCCCCUUCUCCUCCACCCACUUCUUUCCUGCGGACCCCAGCGGCAUUGUGCAAGGUACUCGCUGGUGCCACAGCCCUGGCAGUGAGUCGCAGGGGACUGCCCGAAUCACACCACUGCAGCAGGGUGCACUGUCAGGGUUGGACAUGGCAAAGGUGAUGAGAACCCAGGGACACCCCACAGCUGCUCUCAGGGCCACAUCCUUCGGACAGCUCCUGGCUGGCCCCUCCCAGCAGGCACUAUUGAGAUCCCCAUGGAUCUGCAUGGGCAUUGAGGAGCUCAAGGCUAUGCACAUCAUCUUCUUCAUGGCCAUAAACCACCGAGUCCACCUCUAUGGGUGCAGGGCCUGCACCGCCCACAGUGGGUUCCAGGAGAGCAUUGAGGAAAAUGGCUAUACCACCUAUGCUUCACUUUGCUGGUGUCACCAUGGGCUGGACAGGCAGGGUGCCCCGCAAUGCAGUGGCCAGACCAGGUGGUAACACCUAUCCACCCACUUCUUGCUUAUCAUGGCCCCUAAAGGGCUGAGGACUGGCUAG